UGCGGGACCGAUCGCACCCUGCUGCAGCGCGGGCCAUCCCGAGGCGGAGCGGGCCACCCCUCGCAGCCCACCCCGAUGGAGACCGAGGGCUACCGCUGCCGCAGCAGCCGCCACAUCGAGAGCGGCCAGUCGGCCGUGCCCAGCUCGGUGCUGUUCGCCGCGGGGCUCCUGGGGAACGUGCUGGCGCUGCUGCUGCUGGGCCAGCACCGGCGGCGCUCCCGCUCGCCCGGGGGCCGCCCGCCGCGGGUCUCGGCGUUCUACGUGCUGGUCAGCGGGCUGGCUGUCACCGACCUGCUGGGCAAGUGCCUGAUCAGCCCCAUGGUGCUGGCAGCCUACGCCUACAACCGCAGCCUCAGCGAGCUGGGGCCGGGCGGCCGCGGCGAGGAGCAGCCGGGGGUGCUGUGCCAGCUCUUCGCCUUCCUCAUGGCUUUCUUCGGGCUGGCCCCCACCCUGCUGCUGCUGGCCAUGGCUCUGGAGUGCUGGCUUUCCCUGGGGCAUCCCUACUUCUACCGGCGGCACCUGACUCGCCGCCUGGGAGCCACGCUGGGGCCGCUGGUGGCCGGGCUGUGCGCGCUGUUCUGCGCCCUGCCCCUGCUGGGUUUUGGGGCUCCCAUGCAGUAUUGCCCGGGCACCUGGUGCUUCAUCCGCAUGGCCGGGGGUGGCCCGCGCCAGCUGGGCUUCCCCGUGCUCUACGCCAGCCUGAUGGGCUUGUUGGUGCUGGCCAUCGUGGCGUGCAACGUGAGCAGCAUGCGGCACCUGUACGGCAUGGCCCGCCGGCAGCCCCGCCGCGGGGCGCCCCCCGCCGCCGCCCCCCGCAUGGAGGAGCUCGACCACCUCGUCCUGCUGGGGCUCAUGACCGUCCUGUUCACCGUCUGCUCCCUGCCGCUCAUCAUCCGCGCCUACAUGGGCGCCUUCGCCGCGGAUUUCAACGAGAACGCCGACCUGAGCGCGCUGCGCUUCCUCUCCGUCAACUCCAUCGUGGACCCCUGGGUGACAGACCCGCCCCAGCUCGGCAUCCCCUGA